CAACGCUCUGCAGCUCGACGCCGUGCGGCGAUGCCCCGACCACAGUCUCUUUGAUGUGCUGAUGAGCCUGUUCAAGCGCUCUGUGAAUGUGGACCAGGACGGCAUUGGGCCCGCACAGGAGGCGCCUGCCAAAAAGCGCAAAGGCAGUGAGGGCGCCGUGGAUUCCGCUCGGGCAGAGUUCAUGAAGCAGCUGCCGCCGGAGAUUCGCAAGGAGAUCGAGAUGGGGGUCCCAGACACGCUUGUGGGGCGCUCUGCAUUUGCCUUCAAGAAGUUGGUCCGCGACAUCAAGAACUCGUUCUUCCAGCUCUUGAACCGACAGAAGCCGCUGCCGCCCAUCAUGGCGGAGUACCUGGACCACCGUGAGGAGAAGCUCGCGCAGAUCGGCCGCGUGCUCUUCCACAAGCUGCCCGAGGUGGCUGCUUGGCUCUACGGCUUCGAGACGGCGGCGCGCCUCUACCACGUGGCCGUUUUUGAGCUGCUGCCACAGAAGGCCAAGGACUGGCACAUGGAGCAGGGCCGCUCCACUGCCUCGGGGGCCUUUGCCCUGUACGCCCACCACGAGAGGUUGCAGAUGGAGAAGAUGGCGGCGGCAGCGGGCAGGGCCUUCAACGACCACCAGCACGACGGCAUCGGGGCCCUCCGCUCCGCGAGCGAGGCCGUGAAGCGAGCCGUGGAUGUCGAGGUGGUCGUGCACGAGCUGGAGGACCCGUGGGCAUACGCGGCGGCGAAGUACCCCAACUUGGAUUGGAGACUCAAGUCGAAGAUGGAGUUCUCCGGGUACCACCAACUGCUCCAGCGCUGCAGGCAGCACGUCAUACUUGGACGGGCGAGGGCAAACACCGUGGACUUUGCGAAGCUGGCGGCGGCGCAGCUGGUCCCGGUCGUACACGUUCCGGUGGAGGGGGGUGAGAAGAGGACCACCUACGAAAGCUUCGAGAAGGGAGGCUUCUGGCUGGUGCGAAACCGGGACGACUUGGGCCAGACCGUGGAAGACCUGAUGUGCAAGAUGUGUUGCCCGGUCUUCGAGACAGUCGAUGAGAACUACGUGCCGCCGCCGCCCCUCAACGAUAAUGCCUUCUUCACCGGUCUGUCCUCGUCCGUUCUGGGGCGUCUGGCAGGCCCGCAGAUGGCGGACCUCGACGGCGACGAGACACGGCACAAAAUCCUCUUUUGCGACGGCAUGCUCUACGAUUUCAAGGAGCGUGUCCUCCGAUCACCGAUCCCCGCCGACCGCAUGGGCUUCCACGCAAAGGCGACCUCAGAGAUGUGGCAGCCGAGCAAGGCGACCAAGCUCUUCAAGCGCAUCCUGGCUUUCUUGAAGGAGCAUGUGGAGACGGGGGUGUGUCUGCUCGAGGCCAGCGAGAAUGGCAAACAGGUCAUCGAGUGCUUCGAGGAAUUGGAGCAGGACGGGUGCGAGAUCCUCCGCCACAUGAAGGUGUACGGGGAUUGGGACUCCGUCCUUUACGAGCUGCGUCUCAUGACCAGGGCCAUCUCCGCGACGCCGCGGUUCUGCGAGAUGUACUACAUCUGGGGAAGCCAGGAUUCCGGGAAGGACACCAAGGUGAAGAUGUUGCACGCCUUCCUCGGUCACGGCAAGGACAACUACGGGGUGCAGCUUCCGGGAAACUAUGUGGUGCAACAGACUCGCUACCUGACCGCGAAGGACGGACCCGCGCCUUACCAUGCAAGGACUCUAGGCAAGCGGCUGGCCUGGGCCAGUGAAGUCCCCGAGCACUACUCGUUGGCGGAUGACUUCAUCAAGCCCUUGUGUGACAUGGAAGGUGCGCCAGUCUGCAGCAGGAAGCUCAACAAGGGUCCCCGGGACUUCAUGCCUACGGCUUUGCUGGUGGCAACAAGCAAUCACCCUCCCCGUGUGACUCGACCGGAUGGGAUGCUGCGGCGGCUUCGAGUCUGCCAGAUAACGGUCAGCUUCACCUUGAAGCCGUCCAUGGCCACCGAGGAGCGAGCCGUGGAUGGCCUCAAGACCCGGAUAAACCGAGGAGAGUUCAACAAGUACAUCUUCUUCCUUGCGGCAAAUCUCGUGGACUCGUUGGAGAUGGAGUACAACCCAGGCACCGAGAUCAAGCCGCAGCCACCGGAGAUGAAGAUGAGCGCCAUGGACCUGGUCCCAUGUGCAGACAAGGACGAGGAGGCCAAACUCGAGGCCUUCAUGACAGAGAUGUGUGAGCUGGUGCCCUAA